CCGAUAUAAAAACAUUCGAUUGAGAUUAUAAACUCUUCUAGGCUUGGAAUUUAAGUGUUUAGCUUUUCAACUGUUAAAAAUCUACAGCGCACAAUUAAAGUUUUUAAAUUUUUAAAUUUAAAAAAACUCAUCUUUUUUAAUCUUUAGCCCCGCCCACCGCCUCCCCCUCAGAACUCCACGCGAAACUGCAGGAAACCGGAGGAGGCGGGGCGGUGACGCCACGACGCCGGUGCGUCACGGAACGGCGGCCGCUGCGGCGCUGGCGGUAGCUGCGGCUGCGGCGGCAUUUUAGUCGGCAGCGGCGGCAGUGGCGGCGCUGCUGCUCUUCCCAGCAUCCCUGGCGCGGCCAUUUCAGCCCCAUCUUGGCCGAGGGGAGGGAGCUCCAGCCGCCGCUUCAGCAGUUUGAAUUUGUUUCUCCAGGGUCUGCGAACCAGGCGCACCGAGGAGGAGCCGAAGAAGCGACCACUGGUCUCUCACACAGCCGGAGCGCCUCUGCUCUCCGGCCAAGCCGGCCGCCGCCGCCGCCGCCCCUCACUCGCUCAGGAGCCGCGCGGAGAGGCCGAGACCGUCGUCGCCGCCGCCCGCCCGCGGGGGCGGCUCCCCCUCUGAGGGGAGGACCGAGGCGGCUUUCCCCUCCCCCGGAGCGGGUUUCCGUCAGAGACUGUCGACAUGUCUCUGGGGCUGAGCUCCGGCUAGAGCCGAGAGGAAGGGCCUCCCGCCCGCGCCUUGGCUCCGUCGCCCGCCUGCGGACCUUCAGUCAGCCCCAGCCCCACGGCUCCUGACUUAAUCAGGAAUCCCCGGCUCCAGACUCUCCACUCCUUCCCCUUCUUUCCUCAGCGUCCGGGAGCCCGAAGCUGACGGCGGCACCGGCCUGAGAAGCCCGAGCGGGGCAGCACCGCCCCUCCCGCCGUCGCCACCUCCCCUUCGCCCUCCCACUCCCACCCCCAGCUAAGGCCUGCUGGCCGCGCGCUGCGCCGAGCUGGACUGACCACGGCGGCUCGGAGGAGGCAGGAGGAAGCAGCCGGCCCGCGCCUGAGAUCGCGCCCUCGCCGCCUCUGAGGGGGUUGAAUUGAGGCGCCGCAACUGCGGGAGGCGAAAAGGGAGGAGGAGCCGCCGCACGAGUGAGGCGGGUAGAGCCGAGGAGACGGACACACAGAAGGAAACGGCGAGGAGGAUGUCUCACAGAGCGGCCCGCGUCCGGAUCUGCCAGUGACUUAACAGCGGCGGGCCUCAGACCCCAGCGCAGACUCGGACUUUGUCUUUAGGGGCCCGUGCUCUGCCCUUCUGGUUUCCAGCGAGAUCACAGAGGAGCUGGCGUGCUUCUGCCCUCCAGCCUUCUUCACCAUGUCCAAGAUGCCGGCCAAGAAGAAGAGCUGCUUCCAGAUCACCAGUGUCACCACCGCCCAGGUGGCCACUAGCAUCACGGAGGACACCGAGAGUCUGGACGACCCGGACGAGUCACGCACAGAGGACGUCUCCUCCGAGAUAUUCGACGUUUCUCGGGCUACGGAUUAUGGCCCUGAGGAGGUAUGCGAGCGCAGCUCCUCCGAAGAGACGCUCAACAAUGUGGGAGAUGCGGAGACUCCCGGGACCGUCUCCCCAAACCUCCUCCUGGACGGGCAGCUGGCGGCCGCAGCGGCUGCUCCAGCCAACGGAGGAGGAGCCGUUUCGGCACGGAGCGGGCCUGGGGCGCUGGCUAAUACUUUGGCAGCGGCCGCCGCCUCGGCCCCUUCCUCGGGGGCACCCGGCACCCCCCCGGUCGCGGGCUCAUCUGCCGGGCCAGGGACUGCAGCCCCGUCGCAGCCCCCCACCACUUGUAGUUCCCGUUUUCGUGUGAUCAAACUGGACCAUGGGAGCGGGGAGCCCUAUAGACGCGGCCGAUGGACGUGUAUGGAAUACUAUGAACGAGAUUCAGACAGCAGCGUUCUGACCAGGUCCGGGGAUUGCAUUAGGCACAGCAGUACUUUUGACCAUACUGCAGAGCGGGACAGCGGUUUGGGCGCCACCGGAGGAUCUGUGGUGGUGGUAGUGGCCUCCAUGCAGGGGGCGCACGGGCCCGACUCGGGAACUGACAGUUCCUUGACUGCUGUGUCACAGCUACCCCCGUCGGAGAAAAUGAGCCAGCCCGCUCCGGCCCAGCCGCAGAGUUUUGGCGUUGGGCAGCCACUGCCUCCGCCGCCGCCCGUAGGUGGGGCUGUGGCUCAAAGCUCGGUUCCAACGCCGCCGUUCCCUGGAGCCGUGGCCGGGUCGCCGCAAAUGAUGGCAGUCGCGCAGCCAACCCAGCCCCAGGGAACCGGGCCCGGCGUCGGUCCCCAGACGCCCAGUGGACAGGGUCUGCCGCUGACGAAUGUAAACUUGGCGCAGCCCGGCAUGGUUCUGCCUCCGCAGCCGGGCACAGCGGUCGGCACUUCUGCAACGCAGCAGCCCCAGCAGUUCGCGUAUCACCAGACUCAGCUACCGCCGGCGCAUCUGUUGCCCUCUGGUCAGAGUGAGUACCUGCAGCAGCACGUGGUCGGCUUGCAGCCACCAAGCCCCGCGCAACCGUCGUCCACCGGCGUUGGAGCAAGCCCCGCCGCGGCUGCCAGCCUUCCCGUGGUCACCGGCCAGAAUGCCGUCUCAGUGGGCGUGCAGAUAAUGGGCACGUCUUCCCUGCCCGGUGAAGCUGUGGCCCCGGGGCCGGGACCCGCGCAAGGCGUACAGGCCGUGCCUUGCCAGCCGGCUGGAGUGUCCCCGGCUACAAUGGGAGGCUCGGUGCAGCCGGGCCUGGUUCCUACCGGGGCUGGGCAGCCCCAGACCGUGCCUCCACCACAGCUGGGUGGCACUAGUGCGCCAUCAGCCGUGCCUGUUGGCUCCCACGCCAUGGUGCCCGGAGUUUCAAAUGUGCCUGCAGCCAUGCCCGCUCCCAGCGUGCCUAGUAUGUCUACCACUUCUGUUGCUAUGCCAAAUGUACCCGCGCCUCUGAUCCAGUCGCAGCAGCUGAGCAGCCAUACGCCAGUCAGCAGGAGCGGCAGCAUAAUCCAGCAAGUUGGGCUGCCCUUGGCGCAGGGCACACCCAGUGCACCAACAAGUCUACCACAGUCUGAUCUAAGCCAGUUUCAGACCCAGACCCAGCCUUUAGUCGGGCAAGUUGACGAUACUAGAAGAAAAUCAGAACCCCUACCUCAACCACCACUUUCUCUCAUUGCUGAAAAUAAGCCUGUUGUGAAGCCUGUUGCAGAUGCCCUGGCAAACCCCAUUCAGUUGACACCUAUGAACAGUCUCGCCACUUCUGUAUUCAGCAUAGCUAUUCCUGUUGAUGGUGAUGAAGACAGGAAUCCUUCAACUGCUUUCUACCAAGCGUUCCAUUUGAACACGUUUCAGGAUUCAAAGAACCUCUGGGAUAGUGCAUCUGGGGGAGGUGGUGUAGCCAUUGACAACAAAAUAGAACAAGCAAUGGAUCUGGUGAAAAGCCAUUUGAUGUAUGCAGUAAGAGAAGAAGUGGAAGUUCUAAAGGAACAAAUAAAGGAAUUAGUUGAAAGAAACUCUUUACUUGAACGUGAAAAUGCACUGUUAAAAUCUCUUUCAAACAAUGAUCAAUUAUCCCAACUCCCAGCCCAACAGGCCAAUCCUAGUAGCACUUCUCAACAGCAAGCCGUGAUAGCACAGCUUCCACAGCCAACGCAACCUCCACAGCAGCCGAAUGUCUCCUCAGCAUAGAGCUUGCUUUUCUCAUUAAGAAAAAACUGAAAGCAAUCUAUCCUUGUGUGCCACUGGUGUUCUUUCCACUUUAUACGAAAGCGAGUAGCCAUGCUUUGGUUGUGUGUUUGGCCUUUUCAGUAUUAGACAAUCAUUCUACAAGAGCUUUUCCUCUCUUUGAGAUGUCGUGCAGCAUUGUUGAUGUCCAGUUUCACAUCAUGAGUACACAAGGAGAAUAAUAGCUGGGGUUUAUUAUAGCAAGCAAAGUCUGCAUUUACCUGGUGCACAUGAGUGGGGUCUUUCAAGAGCUUUGGUGGCUCUCCCAUUUUUCCUAUUACCCAUGGAUAUACCCUGAGCCUUCCUAUCACAUUAUAAAUAACAGUUCAUCUAAAGAGCCACUUUUCUUUCAGUAUCAGUACAAUUUGCCUACGUAACUUUUCAUUUAUUUGUGUUUUAUUUAUUACAGGGCUGCUAUUUUCAUAAUUACAUGAACAAUGUCACAGAACUUUUUUAAGUUUUUGAAUAAUUAUAUGUAUCAGUAAAGGAGUUGAAAGACAGGAUUGCAUUUAAUAGAUAAAACGUUUAGGCAAUAAUUGAACAAAAGAAUCCUGGCAUAUUUCUAACACUAAUGGCAAUUUACCUUCGGUAUUUAUUUUCAGUAGUAAAGACCCAGCUUGAAUGUAAAUUUUGUAUAAUGUAAGUAUGAAGAACAUAGUGCAACUGUACAGGUAGUCACCAGUUAUUGUGAUAUAAUGAAUAAUUGGGCUAUUUUGAUGAAGAAAACUUUGUUCAUUUGUUUCUACUUUCUAUAGAAAAAUUGCCACAAUUCCUCUGCUUUUUGACAUUUCGUAUGACUUUUUUUUUUCGGGUGGGAAUAAAAAGCUGUGAAAUUGUUCAACCUACUUUGUAACCAAAGAAGCAAAGCUGUGUAAUGGAGUUCUUUUUUUUUUUUAUAAUGCACAUUCUUUAUUUUUAUUUAGUGUUUUCUCGGUCACAAUUUUCUUUGCUGUCUAGCAUGAUCUGCAUGACCUAUAAUCUUUGAACCACUUUCGUACCUCAUGUUUUUAUCCAGCACUCUUAUUGUAAUAUGUACUAGUCUGUGAACAAUGUCAAAUAAAAAAGAACGAACAGGUAGUAUGGUGGAGCUGAGCUAGUGUACUAUACACUAGUUGUAAAAAAAAAAAAAAAUGAAGUGAGCCAUCUUUUGUUCAUUUAAAAUGGUGUUUUGAAUUUCGUAUGCAGAAAACGUUUUGUUACAUUGCAAAAUUUUAAUGUAUUUAAUAAAUGCAACAUGCAGAUUAAGUGCAGUGUAUACUGAGUAUUUAAAUUAAAAUGUACAUUUCAUAAAUACAGUUUCAAGAGAAAGCAUCAUUUUGUGUAUACUAACACAUUAAGUGUAUGUCAGAAAUUGAUGUAUAAAUAUAUAUUUUAACACAUUUUCUGAAAUUAAACUGCAGUUUUGAAAUAUUUGGCUCUAUAUGUGUUCAAAAUUUAACUUAAUUAGACUUGUAUUUUCACAGUUCCAUAUUCUUUAAUGAAAACCUGUUACUAAUAACUUAAUCAUAGUUCUUAAAUUUUCAAAGUAAAAUAAUUUAAAGAAUGCAGAAAUGGGUGAGCAAUAUUUGUACUCAGUAUUCAUACUAUGUCAGUGACAUUUAAGUUGGAAAUCCUUGUCUACCAAAACUUUUACUUGAAUUCAGAAAGGUGCCUGUAGAAAUUAACAUGCUCUGUAUCUAUUGCCAGCUAGCUAGUCAGGAGUUAAUGAGAAACAAUAGUUAGCUCUCCAUGUUAAAUGAGGAUAAAUAAGUGUUCUUUAUCUUUUUAAAAUAAAAACUUAAUCAGAUUAGCCACAAACUAAAUGCAUAAAUCUGGGGUAUAUGUGGGAUUACCAAAUAUUUUAUAUCCUAGGUAUGCUGCAGGAUAUAUCUUUCAAAAUAAAAUUUUAAUAUUAAUAAUAUUAGAAAUAACUAAAGGAACUAAGUACAUAGGCUUGAGAAAGCACCCUAAAGAUGUGGAGUAAGAUUUUAAGCGGAGCCACCACAGAUUGGAUAGAAAGUGAAAAUUCCAUGUUGGAAUGUUAACCAAAAGUUUCUCCAGGUGUGCCCUUCAAGUGUGAACAGUGUGAUUUAAUACAGGCAGAGAAAAACUAGUAUUUGAAAAGGUUGGGAUUUUGUGAAAGUAUAAAUUUUGGUUCUGGAGAUAGGAAAACACUCUAUAAUGUAAAAGUCACAAGGGAAAUGAUUAAUAUGUUUAAAAUGGUAAUUAAAAGCGAUUAUUACUACUUUUACAUAAAUCACAGUAGAAAAUAUGGAUAGUUCACAGAAAUGGCAGUUUCUGAAGUUUCAACCUCUGGUAACCUAAGAAAUGCAAAUACUUAAAUUGUUAUUUGUCUUUUAAACAGCAGAACCUAAUGUAGAAAGGCAAGUGUUCUGUGUACUUCUAAAAGGUAAUUUGGCAAUAUGUAUCAAGAGCCUUAAAUAUUAAUAAACUUCUGAGUUUAAUGAUGA